UUAUUAUUUUCUCUGUGCUGUCCUUCACGCCAUAGUUGACCGAAGCCUAAAAAGUUUUCGAAAGGUAUUAGUGUAACUGAACAUUUAAGCGAAGGCCAAGAUGAACACGGCGCUGAAACACUGGAGAGAGGCGGCGACGGUGAUCUUGGCGGCCGGGCUGAGACGCACUCAGAGCGCGGACUCUCUUAAAGCAGGUCUGGAAAAAGUCACUGAAGAAGCGCACAAAUCUGCCUUCGAUUAUCAAGUGCUACUGCUGAAACGCAGCGGUCACAGCGGGUUCAUGCCCAAUGCCUACGUGUUUCCCGGGGGGCUGGUGGAUUCGUCUGACUUCUCCAGCGAGUGGCAGGAGAUCUUUAAAGCCUUCACGGAAGCGCCCAACUACGGCAUUGGAGUUGUGAAGCAGCCGCCGGCGACCAGGCCACCCAUUUUCGCCACUGACAGAGCUCAGCUGGGAUCUCCGAUCCCGGGAGAUGUAGCUUUCAGGAUAUGUGCGGUGAGAGAGACGUUUGAGGAGUCAGGCGUGCUCCUCGCGGUUCCCAAACACGAGGAAAGCGGGAUUCGCGUGCACACAGAUGAUGCUUAUAGUGACACCCAGCCAACCCUGACCAGGUUGAGCGGACAGUGGAAGAAAGACGUGCUGUCAAAGUGGAGAUCUCUGGUUAUUGGUAACUCGUCGAAUUUUAUUAAGAUGUGCAGGGAGUUGCAGUGUCUGCCUAACAUCUGGGCUCUGCAUGAAUGGGGGAACUGGCUGACACCCAUAGGCGUGUACGGCAAACAGAGGCGCUACGACACAGCGUUUUACAUCUGCUGCCUACACGAGACUCCAUAUACGCUUCACGACGACAAGGAAAUCGUUCAUUUUAAGUGGUCCACUCCCUCAGAAGUGCUACACAGCUACAAAUCAAAAGAAAUUUGGAUAGCUCCACCUCAGUUCUACGACCUUGGACGAAUGUGCCAUUUUCCAGCUCUCAGAGAUCUCCAUCACUUUGCCUGGCAGAGGUCUUUGGAGGGCUGUGAGCAGUGGCUGCCUAUUUACCUGGUGUCACCUGACUGCUUUGCAAAUAUUUUACCAGGGGACGCUCUGUAUCCAGAGAAAGUGGACACUUCUGGAAUGAGUGGUGGCGUGAUGAAAAUUGAGAAAAGUCUUGAAGAGCUCCAGCGGGACAGUGCAAAGAUGCAUCGCAUUGUCGGUCAGGAUCCAUAUUCAAUAUCCAUCCAUAUGAACAUCAGACCCAAGUAUAACCACCUGCCUCCUCUCUGCAGUGAAGAUGUGGGUGGCAUCACCAAAAACAAUAGUAAACUCUGACACUUACCUGUCGCUACCCACAGUGGCAGGACUGAUGGAUAUUGUCUAGAUUAAUUUUUAAUUAGUUCAUUUGUAGGGGAGAACCGGGACGAAAGUAACAAAGCGAUUUUUUUCAGAGCUCUGACUACAUUUGCAUUUCAAGUUAUGACAGCUCGUUCAGCACGCAACCCUUGACGGAGCUGCCAAAUAUCAUGUGAUUUCAUCAUCGUUUCCCGUGGUUAGCUCCGGAAAACAGUUUUCGUAAACGGUAAAUAAACUGCUGAAGUGGUACUUUUUUUUUCUAAUUACAAGUUGUGUUUCUCGUUUCAUGCGUCACAAUAAUCAUCAAUCUACAGGUUAUUUAACACAUCCUGAAGUUUGACUUGUCAGUAUUUUUCAGUAUGAAAGUAAAUCGGGUUUAAAUGUCAGAAGUUACUGUCGUGACGAAAGUAACACAUGAUACUUUCGUCCCGCUCCAGUGACAACAAGAGUUUAUUUUGCCCCACUGCUAAUGUGGUGGCUUUCUCUGCGUUGCAGCAUUUAUUAAAACAUGUUUGUGUCAUAUUACACUAGCAGAAUAUGCCAAAAGUGAGGGUCAGAAAGACAGACAGAUGUCUGAUUUAGCCAGAUGUUUAUGAGAGGGCAUUUCUGGAGACCCGAGAGUUUGCUCUAUUCAGCCGUGAAUUCAGUUUUAAAUGAGCAAAAACACAUUAAUUAUUUACUUUUCGCUGUUGACUCUCUUGUCGCUUUGCUAACGUCAUAUCCGCCCUUCUCUGAUUGGUUUACUCCGCUUCCUGUUUGCUCGGAUUUGCUCCGCCCUAGAAAUCGAAUUGAUUCAGUGGCGACUAGACUCAUCCGCUGGUACAGUGGUGAGGCUGGAUUUUCCAGGCAAUAGUUUUUAGCCAUACCGUAGCUUUUCCACAUCCACCUAUGAAUUUGCAGUGUUUCUAUUCAGAUGUUUUUAUGCAUAUUUUGAAUUUAUGCAUAAAAACAGCUGGAUUGGAAACAUGACUACUGCUACAUUAUGUUGAGAAUUUAUAUUAUGCUAAUUUAAUUUAAUUUUCACAUUGUUCAAACUAUUGAAAAAAUGUUUUAUAAAAUAAAUUGACAUUGCCAAAAAAAUAUUCUAAACAAUUCAAGUUUGUACUGUCGGGUUACUUUUGAAACAUUUGAUGAAACUGAAAUUCUCAAUUUAAAAUGAAAAUGUAAUUUUUUUUUUUUUUUUUUUUUUUUGCAAAGAUAAAGGACAAAAUAUGUUUGCAGUUACAUAUCAACAAGGUCAUAGUCAGUUAUAUUUAAUAAAAACAAGACUAACACAAAAAAUCUAGCUUGCAUUGUUGUGUUACUUUUGACCCACCUGUGCGUUAUUUUCGCCCCACCUGACGGGGUCAAAAUUAACAAUGUGCAACUUAUGUUCAAAGUGAAAUUAUACUGAAGCAGUUCUACAUUUAUACAAAAUGCCACCUGGUAUUGAUAGACCACACUGAGUUAUUGACCACAGCAAAAAUAUAUCUCUGUCUAAAACAUUUUAAAAUUAAAUUGUGAAAAAUGGUACUUUCGUCCCUGCUCUCCCCUACACAAUGAUUUAACCCUUGACCUAUGAAAUGUAGUUUGAUAUAUGAUCCCUUUAACUGAUGUCAAAGAAAAUACAAAAUUACUACUUUG